AACAAACAUUCUAGAUAUAAACCCACAAUAUUUAUUUCGCUCAGAAUUUCCGAUUUUCCCCUUUCUCUCCCCAGUUGAAGGCAAUGGCCAGGACAAUGCUGCUCCUCCUCCUUCUCACCCUGGUGAUUUCCCAACAUGCCGUGGGGGGAACCAUGUUCAGGGGCGACGAGGAGGGUCUAGAACUUGAGGAGAUUGGCGGCCCAGAGACAAGUUACCCAGAAGGAGACCCACGGGAGAAGAGUGAGUCCUAUGAGCUGAUCCCAAGUGCUGACACUCUAAGCUGGCCGGGCCGCUCCAACAUCUGCUACUUUAUCCGUGAGGGGAGAUUAGAGAGUCAGCUCUCCUGCCACCUCCGUUUCACCCGGAGCAAAUUUAACUUUAACCCUUUCGGGCUGCGUUUCGGGAAGCGGGCGCGUGGCGAUGCCAAUGGGGAGGGACUGGCGCCCCUCGUGCCCCGACGGCUCCUCCCUUUCCUGCUGAAGCUGAAGGACAAACGGUGCAGCGAGAGCGUCGGGGAAACCUGCUGAGCCCCAAAACUUUGUAUUCUCUCCAUUAAAGGGCAAGUUCAUCUCAGAUAUUUAUUUUCUACCUGGCGGUGACGCCGGGAGAUUCCUCUGUAUCGUCGUGUUUGGGUUUACUUUGCCUUCAUGUUCUGCCAA